ACAAUAGUAUCAUCUAAGGAAAAGUAGGAAAUCGUGGAAUUGAAAGUAAAGUCAGGAAAUAAAAGUGCAACUUUGAUUAUCGAGUGAAAAACGAUUGGUGAAAACUUCCAGCUAAUAUUGAUUUGUGCCAGCAGUGUUCUUGAAUACUUAGAGGAGAAAAUUUCUCUGCGUUUGGAUUAAGGAAGGAGCGAAAAACAGAAGGAAAAUUAACAUGGCUGGCGGUGGCGACCCAAAAUGGCAAAAGGAUGCAGCAGAUCAGAACUUUGACUACAUGUUCAAGUUGCUCAUUAUCGGUAACUCAAGUGUUGGCAAAACUAGCUUCCUUUUUCGUUAUGCAGAUGACUCCUUCACAUCAGCUUUUGUUUCGACUGUUGGUAUUGAUUUUAAAGUGAAAACUGUUUUUCGUCACGAUAAGCGUGUUAAACUUCAAAUAUGGGAUACAGCUGGUCAGGAACGUUAUCGAACGAUUACAACUGCAUAUUAUAGAGGUGCAAUGGGCUUCAUCCUAAUGUACGACAUCACAAAUGAAGAAAGCUUCAAUUCUGUUCAAGAUUGGGUCACUCAGAUAAAGACUUAUUCGUGGGACAAUGCACAAGUGAUAUUGGUCGGAAAUAAGUGUGAUAUGGAAGACGAACGUGUAAUAUCAUUCGAACGAGGUAAGCAACUCGCUGACCAACUUGGCGUGGAAUUUUUUGAGACUUCUGCAAAAGAAAAUAUCAAUGUUAAGAAUGUUUUCGAACGCCUAGUAGACAUAAUUUGCGACAAAAUGUCAGAAAGCUUGGACUCUGAUCCAACAUUAGUGGGUGGUGGUGGUCCUAAAGGACAACGCUUGACAGACCAACCUCAAGGGACACCGAAUGCGAACUGCAAUUGCUAAACUCCAAAUUCUUACUUUACAUUUAAAGACUUUUUUAAUUUUUUUAUUCAUUCGGCUGCAUAUUUAAUGAAAUGAUGUUACUUUUUAAUGCAUUUUCUUCUGAAAAUAAUUCAAUAUUAACUUCAAUACAUUGAUUGAUAAUUGAUGAUGAUGAUGAUGAUGGAAAAAGAUUAUUCAAUCGAUCUCACAUAUACACAAACAACAUUAAACGAAUUCGAACGUAAAGAAAGCUUUUAUUUGAUUUUUGUUUCUCCGAAAAGUAAACAAGGAAAAAUAAUUAAUAAAUAAAUAAUAAUGUGUGGUGGAAAGUGGAAGUUAAUUUCAGUGUAAAGGAAGUGGAACUGACGUGACUUUGAAAAAGUUUCUUGAUUCGAGUAAUGAAUCAAGUUUAACGUGGAAUCCUGUGGAUUUACUCACUAAAAUAAUAUUUCUUUCAAUAUUUACUUGUUCAGUGUCACUUUCUUCUCACUGAGUGGUUUUCUGCGUUCUUUGACUCAUACUUAUCCAUAAAGCGAAAAUUGCUAUGUAUUUGACUUUACCGAGUUCACUAAUUUUAAUUAAAUUAGAUUGGUUAACCGGAUUGAGAAAGCAUAUCCGAGUAGAAUUGAAACGUAGAUGGCUUAAAGUUAAAUUCACCCGAAAUUCAUAAGAAUCCUGAAAAUUAUUUAUAUUUUCUACCCCAUAUUAGUUUCACGUUCACGUAUGAAAUAAAUAAAAUAAAUAUUUAUCAAUUGGUUCAUUGAUGUAAAAAAUUUGUAAAUAAAGAUUUAAAAAUAUGCAUACCAAAGGAUUCACAAAUGAGACAUUUUAGAGUAAAAGUAUAUUUAAAAGAAAUUCUAGUUCGAUUAACCUAACAAAAUUUAGUAAAAAAAAAGCGAUAUGAAAAUAUGGAAUCUUUAUGGUAUUGUUAUGUAAUGAAAACUUAUUGUUUUUGAAAUUGAAGACGACUUAUCAAAUUAAAUCAGACUCAAUAACAGAACAAGAAGAACAAAAGACAAAAAAAUGAAGCUUUUAUUUAUUUCGAAUGAAUUAUUCAAAAUAUCUCAUCAUGAAUGUUUAUGAAUGUUCAUUCAGUAUCGAUCUAAAAGUAUUUAAGGGAAAAAUAACAAAAUUACAGAAGACAAAAAGAAAUAUAUUUUAAAAAUGCAAGGCCAAAUCACGUGGAGUUACAGUUGCCCAUAAAACAAAACUAAUGUUCCAAAUUUAUUUAAAAUCAAGUCACUAGUUAUUUAACAGCAACUUAUUUCGAGAUGGUAUUCAUUUAAAGCAUUUGUCAAAACAUGUGAAAACUUUAUUGUACGUUAAAAAAUUCCACAUAACACAUUGCAGUAUUUCUCUUAAUGCGUUACGACGCUUGUGUUCUUAAAAGUAAAAAAAACUGCAGGAAUUUCACUUUUUGAAACAAUUUCAAAACUGCUGUGUAAGAACAAAACAAAAUGAACGUUUACUGAUUCAGCAGAUGUUUUCAAAAAAAUUUCACUGAAACGAGUCUUAUUGAGAGUUCAAUUAAACAAACAAUCAAAAAGUUAUUACACUGUACGAUAAUUGAGUAUCUGAUUCAUCGGAAAAGAAAUAUAGAUGUUUAUGAAACAUAUUUUAUUCAUGUUAUUUGAAAAACCAUUUAAAGGAGUUCUACUUUGACUUUAAUUUUAUAUUUUAAUCUGUACGCACAUUCCUUACCCGAUCGUUGAAUUACUUCCAUUCUACUCUAUCUUCAUUACGUUGGGUUCCAACUUAAUGUUUUCUUUGAACUUCUCAACUUGAAUCAUCCUUCUUUUUCCAUUAAUAAGAUGACGUAAAACAUGAAUGUUUAACACGUGCCUAUCUCUUUCUGAUAUCAGAGAACGUGUUUUUAACAUCAACGUAAACAAAAGCAACACAUUUAAGAUAUGGAAUCUUAUAUUUUGUCUUUAUAUUCUCUUGAUUUUCUAUCCUUCUUCCCAGAAUAUAAUGUUGGUUAAGAAUUAACUAGAAAAAAGCUCAUUUGACAUAAAUAUUCUAUUAUCUAUUGCAAGAUUUUAUUUUUUGUAGUCAUGAAGAGAUUUUCUUAAAAAAUAUAAAUUAAAGUAUAUAGAAAUUGUGUGAGCACUGUUUCUGUCUAUUAUUGUAGUUUCAAACCAAAGAAAAGUAUUAAUAUUUUAUCUAAAUCUUUUUCACUUCCUUUUUUGAACCUCUUUCAUUUGUUUCAACUGCAUUUUCCAUGCAAUUCAAAAAGUAUUUUCAAAUCUUUAAAAAUUCAGAAUUUAUUUGAAAUUUAUAUGAUGUUUUAAAUUGGAAUGAAAUUUUUAUCUUCGUUUUUUAUAAAUAACUGUUUUACAAAUGGAUUGGAGUCGAAAUGAAUUAUUAAUUGUAACUAGAAUUGAAAUAACUAAAAAUAAAACAAAGUAUUUGAAAUGUAUGCGUAUAAUCUAUGAAACAAAAUAUGGUGGCAAAAAAGGUUGAUUAUGUAUCGAUAUAAAAAUGAAGGAAAAGGAAAUAAACAAUAAAGACACUAAAUAUUAUGACCUAAA